AUGAGAGAUAUCUAUAUAUGGCUUACGUCCUUCUUCAUCCUCGUUUCCCUUAUGAUUCUCAUUGUUUAUCAGCUCAUGUGUUUGGAUGAUUUAGAGUUCGAUUCCAUCAAUCCUUUCGAUUAUUCGUCGCGAAUGAAGAUUUUGGUCCUCCUGGAAUUCAUAGGAGAAGGGAUUUUGUGUUUGUUCUAUCUAGUAACUGGGCAUUGGGUCAUGUUCAUGUUAUGUGCUCCCUAUUCAUACUUCAGCGUGAGACUCUACAAAACGGGAGCGCAUCUCGUAGAUGUCACCGAGGUAUUUCACUUGCUUCGUAGGGAGAAAAACAUACGUCUUUUGAAGCUCGCUUACCUCACUAUUCUUCUCUUUCUCGAUAUAUUCUGGAUGAUAUGUUCUACGAUUGACGACGGCGACGAUGAACGUUACGGAGACGACGACUUUCUUGACUAG